CGUGACCUAUCUUCUAACCCUAAACACUAAGAGUUACAGAAGAAAAGAAAAAAACGUUGGCGGUUGAGCAUAAAUCCCCACCUAUCCUCUCUUGAUCGAUGCCCCUUGAUGAAAGCUGAGAGUGGGCAACGAGGGUAUCCAGAAAAUUUACACCGAGGUAAUUAGGUGGAUUUUUUUGGGAGGUGAGGGGGGCAUUUGACCCCUCUCAACCCCCUCCCUCCGCCCCUGAUUGAAUGCCCGAGAGAACUGUUGCUUUUUAAUAUAAUCACGAAGAGAGAGUUUGUAUGGGUUCAGAAGUUGAAACACUCGAGGAGAGGUUAACGUCUAUGCUUGGUCAGCUUCAAACAGAGUGCGGCAUUCUUGAAAGAAUGGUGUACAAGAACAAGAACCAGCAUCGACGUUGCUCGUAUUUCCAGUAUCUUAUGAAGGUGAGGAGGGAUUUAAGGCUGCUGCAAUCAGCUAAGUUGGAGGAGUUAGUAGAUUCUUGCUUUUUAAUUAUCACUGGGAAGAGACCUAAGCAAAAGGUGCAUCUUUUAGAAAGUUUAAAGAGGAGAAAAUGUGAUGGUGGAAAACAUAAUUUUAUGGAGCGACUUUUGGGAUCUGCGCGCCUACUAUCACAGAUGGUUGGGCCCAUGUUGAUGGCAGCUACUGAGAUAUCUAUCUUGCUUGCUCGAUCCUUUUUCAUGGGAUUUUCUCUGACAAUUUUGGGUCUGCUUGCACGCCUUCGAGUUUUGGUUCAACAGAUAUUACUUGAUGUUGUUUCAGUAUUCAACAUGGUUUCUUCUCUCUCCCAGAAGAAGCAAUAUAUAAAGAUAAACCAAGAAGGAAUUGAGGUCUUCAGGGAGUUUUAUCCAACCAAUGAGGACUUUGUAACCCUAGAUUGUGUGUGGAAAUCAGAUAAGUUUGUGUUACUUGAGAGGAUGCAUAACAGCAAGACUGGAAGUCAAGAUGAGGAUCUUAAAGAAGAUUCUUCUUUAGGAGCAUUGGCCGUAAAGUAUCAAAGUAUUGAGUCUUUUCUUGGAGAUGAUGAACUUGUUCCCGAGAGGGUGGAUGCAGACCAAAUGGCUGAAAAAGGUCCAUCUCACAUCCAGGAGGACAGGACUGAUUUGCUGGCAGACCCUUCCAUGGAGAGUGGCAAUGGUUGUGCAGAAGUAGGAGAUGGUUCAGUCGUUGCAACAAUUCAUAGCAAGAAACUCCUGCAGGAAGGUGGUUUGCUUGAAGACAUAAAGUUGUCUCCAAGUUCAAAUUCUUUUAAACCCAAGUCUGGAUCAAGAAAAGUAGCUUUUGUCUCCGUGAAAAAUCCUCCACUAUCAACCACAAACGUCAUGGCCAGCUUCAAGGAAAAUGAAACCAAUGGUGGUGACAAGGAAGAUCCAUUUUUCAGUUUACUUACUAGUGGAAAUGUAAAAAACAGUCUCUUCUAGUUUUUAUAUUUUUUUUGGUCAAAUGAAUAAAAAAGAUCUCCAUUGUGAAAAUGGAAAAUAUUUGGGGUAACAAGAAUCACAGUUGUAUUAUCU